GCAGAAGACUCGAUUACUCAGAUAUGGAAGAAUCUCUUUUGUUGUUUCGAACCGACUGAGCCAAGUGCAAUUAGAUCGUCUGAAUGUAAUAAUCCGGAAUGUGUAUCGCCAUUACCAAUGGAUGUUGCAUACUUUGAAGGUAAGUGCCGACAAAAAAAAAUGCCCAGGAACAGUUACUGAAACGACUCGUUCAAAUUUCCACAUCUUUAUUGAUUUGGAUACGAGGACACAUCGUAAGAAAACACAUGGUCUCAAAUACCAGUUAGCAGAUGUUCCAAUUACACUGAAUUUUAUAAAACAGUACCGCUUGAUAGGUGUCAUCGAACACAUUCCUGGUCACUUUAUUGGCUACUGUCGAAAACCUUCAGGACGAUGGCUGAAAUGUGAUGAUAUGCAAUUAAAUGUCGAAGGGUGUGACGAGACAACAAUAAUUACACCAAUUGGGGCCAUUUAUAUCGCGCUAUGA